CUCUCUCUAUUUGCUCGCUCAGUGGCAGAACCGUAAAUACCAACUCCCGAGAUUCUUUUCUUUCCCUCCCCUCCAUUAAAGGCGACACCGGAAACCUCGCGAAGCUUCUCCUCCUCCUCCUCUCACUCCACACUCCCCCCCUCUCCCUCCUCCUCCUCUCAAACCCUAACCCUAACCCUAACCCCCACGCCUCCCCCUCUUUCGCUCUUCGUCCAAUGGCGUGAUCGUACGAGUCGAUCAUCACCCUCACCUCGUCCUCGCUUCGACGCGCUCUUCGUCGUCGAUCCAAACCCUAGCCGUUGUGAGGUUUAGGGUAAGGGAAGGUAAAGAAGUCGGUUGUUGACGAGUUGGAGUCUUCAGAACCGAAGGUUGACUAUUAUUUAAGCUGCCUAGGCAUGAAGAUGGAGGCGACAGAGUUCUUGUGUUUACAUCUUAUUUUCCUGUGGCACCUAGCUUUUGGAGCCCAUGAUGUUUAUAUUGUAGCUAUUGAAGGAGAGCCUGUUGUGAACUACAAUGGUGGCAUUGAAGGUUUCACUGCAACAGCAGUGGAUCCAUUAGAAGAGAUGGAUAUAACCAGUGAGGCUGUAACAUCAUAUGCUCUUCACCUUGAGAGAAAGCAUGAUGAACUACUUGACUCACUGCUUGAAGUUGGGACAUACAAGAAGCUCUAUAGCUACCAUCAUCUGAUAAAUGGCUUUGCUGUGCACAUGUCUCCAUUACAGGCAGAGGCCUUGAGGAGGGCUCCUGGGGUUAAAUAUGUGGAGAAAGAUAUGAAAGUAAGGAAAUUAACAACACACACUCCGCAAUUUCUGGGACUGCCGACAGGAGUAUGGCCGACUGGCGGUGGAUUUGAUAGAGCUGGGGAGGACAUUGUGAUUGGUUUAGUAGAUUCAGGAAUUUAUCCAAAGCAUCCGAGUUUCUCUACUAAUCACAACACUGAGUCCUAUGAACCUCUUCCUCGUUACAAAGGAAAAUGUGAAAUUGAUCCAGGAACUCGGAAGAGUUUUUGUAAUGGAAAAAUAAUUGGAGCUCAACAUUUUGCGAAAGCUGCCAUUGCUGCAGGAGCAUUUAAUCCAGCAAUCGAUUUCGCCUCACCCUUAGACGGUGAUGGCCAUGGAAGCCAUACGGCAGCAAUUGCUGCUGGAAAUAAUGGAGUCCCAGUGAGAAUGCAUGGUCAUGAAUUUGGUAAAGCUAGUGGGAUGGCUCCGCGUGCCAGGAUUGCUGUAUACAAGGUUCUAUAUAGGCUUUUUGGUGGAUAUGUAUCUGAUGUGGUGGCAGCUAUUGAUCAGGCUGUUCGUGAUGGUGUCGACGUACUUAAUCUAUCUGUCGGGCCGAAUAGCCCACCGACAGCUACAAGGACCACUUUUCUGAAUCCCUUUGAUGCAGCUCUUCUUUCGGCUGUAAAAGCAGGAGUGUUUGUUGUCCAAGCAGCUGGAAAUGGAGGCCCCUUUCCUAAAACCUUGGUCUCUUUCAGCCCAUGGAUUAUGACUGUAGCUGCUGCGGUGGAUGAUCGUAGAUACAAGAAUCACUUGACACUGGGAAAUGGACAGAUACUACCUGGGCUAGGGCUAUCACCUGCUACACAUGGGAAUAAGUCAUUCAACCUGGUUUCCGCAAGUGAUGUGCUGCUAGGUUCCUCUGUUGUAAAAUACAACCCAUUGGACUGCCAAAAGCCAGAGCUUUUGAAUAAGAAGUUGGUGGAGGGGAAUAUUCUUCUGUGUGGAUAUUCCUUCAAUUUCAUAUCUGGUACGGCAUCGAUCUCAAAGGUGUCUGACACAGCUAAAAGUCUUGGUGCGGCUGGCUUUAUUGUUGCCGUGGAGAAUAAUUAUCCAGGAACAAAGUUUGACCCUGUUCCUGUCAGUGUUCCUGGGAUUCUUAUCACCGAUGUCAGCAAAACAAAGGAGCUUAUAGAUUACUACAACUGUUCAACGAAAAGAGACUGGGCAGGGCGUCCUGUAAGGUUUGAAGCAACAGGUAGUAUUGCCAAUGGUUUGGCACCUACACUUUACAAUUCAGCCCCCCAGGUUGCUCUGUUUUCCUCCAGAGGACCAGGUGUAAAAGACUUCAGUUUUCAAGAUGCCGAUGUCCUCAAACCUGAUAUACUAGCCCCAGGCAAUCUCAUUUGGGCUGCUUGGGCUCCCAAUGGAACAGACGAAGCCAAUUAUGUUGGAGAAGGAUUUGCAAUGAUAUCUGGAACCAGUAUGGCUGCUCCCCAUAUAGCGGGUAUUGCUGCACUGAUAAAGCAAAAGAACCCUAAGUGGAGUCCAGCUGCUAUAAAAUCUGCAUUGAUGACUACAGCCACAAUGCUGGAUAAAGGGGGAAGGCCUAUUAGAGCUCAGCAAUAUGCUGGAGAAGAGAUCAUGACGCUUGUGCGGGCUACACCAUUUGAUUAUGGAAGCGGUGCUGUUAAUCCGAAGGCUGCACUUGAACCUGGGCUCAUUCUUGAUGCAGCUCAUGAAGACUACAUCUCUUUCUUAUGCUCCAUACCGGGCAUCGAUCACCAUGAAAUCUCAAACAUCACGGGCUCCAGUUGCAACACCACGAAAACCCAUCCAUCCGAUCUCAACACUCCAUCGAUCACAAUUUCUCAUCUCGAAGGCACUCAAACAGUAAAGCGGAUGCUGACCAAUGUGGCUGAUGAGAUCGAAACCUAUACAAUCACCACCAGAAUGCCCCCGGAAAUUGCAUUGGAGGUCAGCCCUCAGGCAAUGACAGUGCUCUCAGGAGCAUCACGGGAGUUAACAGUAACCCUAACUGUCAGGUCUGUCACGGGCACGUACAGCUUUGGUGAGAUCCUCAUGAAAGGCGAUAGAGGCCACCAGGUGAGGAUCCCGGUAGUCGCAAUGGGCUUCAAUAGGUAAAGUGAUAACUAAGAUUUCACUCCGCUGUGAGCUGCAAUAGGUAAGUAAUAACUAAGUUUCUCACUUUGUGAAAUCUCUUUUCUAAUAGCAUGUUGUUGCUAUUUUUUGUAGUAUUGUACAAAUAAAAGCUGUAUAAGUCCUCUUUUGUAUGUUUAGCUAUACUUGUACAAGUAGGAUAGGUACUAUGGUAUUUAAAAAUAUGUGACACUACGAUCCAAGCACCGACCUUUUACUUUUAUAUCUAAAAUCUUAUAUUACCAUUCUUGUA